AUGGGAUUAGAGCCACACAAAUUAGAUUUAGAAAAUAUGACAACAAAGCCUAUUGCUUUGCCGUUGCUUUCAUUUGAUGUCACUAAUGAAGAUGGCAAUAAAGCAGAAGGACAUGUGCUUAAUAUGGCAACAGGUGAAAGGAGUAAUGAAUCAGAUGAAACAGCGGAAGAACAGGAUGAAUUUAGCGGAUCUAUGUCAUCUGAUAAUGUGAUGCCAUAUGAUUCCACAUUCUUUUAUCAACGUACAAGGGAACCACAAUUUGAUGACAUCCCAAACACUUUGAACUUUUUUGGUGCUCAUAAUCGCUCCAGAAAUCAAUAA